AUGGACGAAUUUACCCCCACCUUACCAGGACCUAGAGUUGAAUGGUUGAAAGAAGUCCCACUCAAAGUGUUGUGUUUCAUUUGGCGGGCCAAAUGGGGCAGAAUCCCAUCAGCACAGGCAUUGGAAGGUAGAGGUGUUCAAGUACCCUCAAUAAUUUGUGGGUAUUGUCUAAAUGGUGUUGAAUCUGCAGACCAUAUUCUCAUUCAGUGUAAGUUUGCAGUUAUUGUGCGCAAUUGGAUAAUGAAUUGGUGUGGUAUCAAUUCGGGAGAUAUCGAUAAUUUAGACACACUCUUACACUCUGUAGCCAAUUGGAGCCAGUGCACGAAGAAGCGGAGAAUACUUACGCUGAUAUAUUAUGGCAUGAUUUGGAGUAUUUGGAAAGCCCGGAAUGAGAGGAUCUUCAACCAGGUGAAGAGGAGUCCGACUCAGGUUAUGGAUGACAUACAAGAAUUGGUUCUCUAUUAG